AUGCUGCGUCAAGCGCUACUCCGACGACUUAAAGCGACGGUCUUCACUCGCCUUGCGCAUCCGCUGCAGAUCAGAAUGCUCUCAUCCGUAAUGCCGGAUGGAUGGGAGGCUAUCACGCGCAGGAACGGAGACGUGGUGUACUACAACAAAAGUCUGCGCAAGACUGUUUGUCACCUUCCUGGCUCUAGCCCGCAGUCAAUAGCUGCUGCAACUUCUACAAAGCGUGAACCCAAGGAGAAGAGAAGCGAGGAGUCAGAGGCGGUCACGAUGCCUCACCAUGAGAACACGGGAAACGAAGUCUUUGUUCCCAUUAAUUUUGACACAGCUGUGUCUAUCGAGGGCCAUGAUAUGCAAAUUGCGCACAUUCAGCUCGAGCCGGAGCAAUGCCUGCGUGCAGAGACGGGUGCUAUGCUUUACAUGACCGAUGGCGUGGAGAUGGAAACGACUACCGCUGGAGGUUUAGGCGAAGGCAUGAAGCGAAUGAUGACAGGAGAAAAUUUCUUCGUCUCACGUUUUACAUAUCACGGUAGCGAUAAGGGAAAGCUGGCACUCGGCACGAGCUUUCCGAGCAAAAUUGUUCACCUACGUCUGAGCGACUUCCUUGGGGAGUCUAUCAUUUGCCAAAAGGGGGCAUUUCUGUGUGGCUCGGACACUGUCAACAUUGAAAUGGAGUUCGCCAAGAAAUUUGGCGUCGGUUUCUUUGGUGGUGAAGGAUUUAUUCUUCAGAGACUGACGGGUAGCGGUGAUGUCCUUGUCCGUGCCUCUGGAGCUUUAAUUGAGCGCGAGCUGCAACCUGAUGAGAUACUCCGUAUUUCGAGUGGCUGUCUUGUUGCAUUCGAACCUAGCGUGCAGUACGACAUUACUAUGAUGAAAGGAGCGAAGAAUGUGCUGUUUGGUGGCGAAGGGUUGUUCUUGACGACGCUAACUGGACCGGGUAAAAUUUAUCUUCAGAGUCUACCAUUUGAGCGUGUGGUUGGGGAAAUGGCGGCCCGAAUCCCUCGCGGUGGGCCAGGCGGCAUGAUGUUUCCCUUCCUGAUGGGCGGUGGUGGUGGUGAUGACCAAGAUGCCAACGCUGGUGCAGCAGACGAAGCGUCUGGUGCAGGAACUGACGUCAGUAAUGGCGAAGAUAUCGGAGCGGAAAAUGUCAAAGAUGACUGGGGUACCAAUGAUGACGAUAUUUAUGGCGGCGUCGAGCCAGGCAAUGAAAGCAAGUUUGAUGAUGUCGUGGAGGGUGAGUCAGAUGAGUCAAGUGGUGGAGGCGUCAUGGGCUUUUUCAACAGCCUCUUUGGUAACGAUGACGAUUAG